GAGCUACUGCUGCCAACAACAUCAGGUUCUCUUUCAGUGGAUCACACACCUGGAUCCACUCCGGCCACCUGCAGAACAAAGACUGAACUAAACACAGGAACAACAGAGACUGGUGAUAACUGUGAAUCCCAGUAGGCCCAGUAUGAACCCAUCUUCAUGAUCAGCUCCUAGGAAGGAGGCGUUGUCUCUGAAAGCAGCCAAAGACUUGAACUGUGACGUUCAGGAAGUAGCAGAUAAAAAAGCUUAAAGUAGGAAAUGUUCAGAGUUUGGAGCCACAUCCUGAUCACAUCAAGAGACGAAGCUUCACUCCACAUCCAGAGGAAACAUGGACCAAACAGCUCUGAUGCUGCUUCUGUGUCUCUGCAGCUCAGCGCUGUCUGAUGAACUCAGAGUGGUAGCAGGAAGGAGACGCUGUGGUGGCAGACUGGAGAAGAAGAAUCGAGGAGACUGGAAACCAGUGGAUAAUUGGAACUGGAACUUUACAUCAGCAGCUGGAGCUUGCAGACAGCUCCACUGUGGAUCUGUGGUGUCGUCACGAAGAGAUGAGGACAACAAUGUAGAGAUCAUCUGUUCAGACUCAGUCAGGCUGGUUCAAGGGACCAACCGGUGCUCAGGCAGACUGGAGGUGAAGACCGACCAGUCGUGGUCCUCAGUGUGUGAAAAAGACUUUGACCUGCAGGAUGCAGAGGUGGUCUGCAGGGAGAUUAGCUGUGGGUCUCCUUCAGUCCACCAGGGGGCGCUCUAUGGAGAAGCAGAGGCUCCAGUGGGGAGCAGAGAGUUCCUGUGUGAAGGC